AUGUCUUCCCUCGGUCAGGUCAAGGAAGCCUACAACAAUAAGGCAGAGGAGCUCGAGACAGAGAUGGCCAAGGCCAAGGCCGGAGCUCUGGCACUGCAGGAAAGCGUCGAGAGGGGGGUUACAUCGACGCAAGCCGACACCCGCGAGGAAUGGGCCGAGCUCGGCAGCCAGAACAGCGAGAUGGCGGAGAUUGUCGAGGCCUUGACCGAUGAGCUCUUCGAGCUCAGCCGCCAGUUGAAGGCUCUAGGCGAGGACCGAGAGCACUCAUUCAACAACAUCUUGGUCGACUCGGUGGCGAUCCAGAGCCUGACAUCCGCCGCAAACGAGGCUAUGGUCAAGGCCAUCGAAGCCCUCGAGUCGAGCUGA